UCACCGAUAUGAUCGUCACCGGGUUAGCUUUAGCAGCUUGAGCAACAACAACUGUGACAGGACAGGAGGCUGCCUGGCGGCGCAGUAGCUAGCGACACAGACGUGAAACAGUCUACGAACACUAUGGCUCAAGCGGAGGAUAUAUUUCUCAGGGCGAAGCAUCGAACAUUCCGUGGACUUACUGAAGAUAUUGAGCAUGAGUGGACCGGCCCCUUCUACUUCAUUCAGGCUGCAGACCCCCAGCUUGGCCUGAUGAAGGCCUGGAGAGAGGGUGACUGCGAUAGUGGAGGAGAUGAAUGGACAGAGGAAGUUGAUCUCACCAAACAAGCGGUGGCGGCCAUGAAUCAGCUUCGACCUCGGCCAAGGUUUAUGGUGCUGUGUGGAGACCUGGUGCACGCCAUGCCAGGCACCAUUUUUAGAGAUGAUCAGGAGCGAGACCUAAAGAUGUCAUUGAGUGGGACAGACCCUUCCAUUCCACUAGUAUUUGUCAGUGGCAAUCAUGACCUUGGAAACACCCCCACCCCAAAAACAGUGGCACAGUACUGCAGUGCAUGGGGUGAUGACUAUUUCAGCUUUUGGGUGGGUGGAGUUCUCUUCCUGGUUUUAAACUCUCAAUUGUUCUACGAUGCUUCAGCCUGUCCUCAGUUGAAGGAGUCCCAGGAAACAUGGCUUGAAGAGCAGCUGAGCAAAAUGUCAUAUUCCUCAAGUACGGCACCGAAACACAUCAUAGUGUUUCAGCACAUUCCUCUGUAUAUAAAGAACCAUGAUGAGGAAGAUGGCUACUUCAACUUGCAGAGGGAAGUCAGGCAAAAACUGAUUGACAGAUUUAAAAAAGCUGGGGUGAAGGCGGUCUUCUCUGGCCACUAUCACAGAAAUGCAGGCGGCUGCGACGACGGCCUCGACAUGGUCGUGAGCUCCGCCAUCGGCUGCCAGCUGGGCGAGGACACCCACGGCGUCAGGGUGGUGGUCGUGACUGCUGAUCAUGUGAUCCAUCGUUACCACACCUUGGAUCAAAUGCAAAAAGAAGGGAUGGAUGAGGACCUCAGAAAGCUCCUACAAGCCUGAUGAUCUUUAAGGUCAUUUUUUUGUGUAAAUGGGAUUUUUUUAAUUAAGACUUACCAGUUUAAAAACACAUUAUAUGACAGUGGAACCUCUAAUGUCGAACCCAAGCCAUUCCAGAACUCUGGUUGACUUUAUAUAUGUUCAGAUUGCAUUGUUUUCAGUUCAUACAUACUAAAAUACUCCGCUGUUGCUUUUUCUAAUAGAAAUUAGCGUACAGUUAGAACUUGUAUCUGUCAGUAGACUCCAUAUGGAAGCGCUAAAAACUACAACAUGGCUGACAGGGUGGAGACGCAGUCAAAGGGGGCUUGGCCUGAAGGAGGGCAUCGGUACGUAAACAAGACCGCCCACAAAACGACACAUUCUGGAGAGACAAUCAUAAAGCAGUUUGAAAAUGGUCUGUAAAAAAUAAGCUAUGCAAAAUGUGGACCAAAGAACCACUAUUACAUGUUAUGUAGACCAGUGUUUCUUAACCAUAGGGCCAGGGCCCAUUGUUGGGUCGUGAGCGCCCUCUAGAGGGCCGCCAAAAAAAUAUCGGUUUCUCAGCCGUGCUAUGUUCUUAGUUGUAAUACACUUUUCCACCCCUUGUGGCAGUAAUGACAUUAUCAAACAAACAGAAGAAGUCUGAAGCUGAAGUUUGAGAAGUUUCUUAAGCGCUAACAAUUUGACUAAACUGGUGAAUUGAUUUACGUGGACCCCAACUUAAACGAGUUGAAAAACUUAUUCGGGUGUUACCAUUUAGUGGUCAAUUGUACAGAAUAUGUACUGAACUGUGAAAUCUACUAAUAAAAGUUUCAAUCAAUCAAUCAAUCAAUCAAAGCUGUAUUUUCAUUUACACUUCAACUUUAUUGACAAAUUAGUUAAGAAACAUGUUUUACUAUUAAUUUAGUGAAUUUAUUUUAGCACUACAUAAUUGUAAGUAAAAUAACUUUUUUCUCAGUCAUUUAUGAGUCCCUUCCUUUGCAGUAUAUUUGGUUAGUACUUGUUUUUAUAAUCAGCUUGACUUAAGCCUAAGGUUUAUGUGUUAAAUGCAACAUAAUAUGUUGGUUUCCUAUCAUUUGACAAGGUGGUAAACUACAAGUAGGUUAGAUAUAAUUAUUGAAUAUGUAUAAAAUCAAGAGUACGAUUACUAAUUCAGUGUUAAUAUUUGAGUGAGACCGGGGCCCCUCUGUGGUGGAAAAGUUGUACCCCGGGGUCAAAAAGGUUAAAAACCCCUGAUGUAGACCAUGAAGAAGUGUUUUAAAUGUACAAAACCCAAAACCAGUAAAGUUGGCUCAAUGUCUAAAUUGUAAAUAAAAACAGAAUACAAGGAUUUGCAAAUCCAUUUCAACUUAUAUUCAAUUGAAUAGACUACAAAGACAAGAUACUUAACAUUCGAACUGGUAAACGUUGUUAUUUUUUGCAAAUAUUAGCUCAUUUGGAAUUUGUUGCCUGCAACAUGUUUCAAAAAAGCUGGCACAAGUGCCAAAAAAGACUGAGAACAUUGAGGAAUGUUCAUCAAACACUUAUUUUGAACAUCCCACUGGUGAACAGGCUGAUUGGGAACAGGUGGGUGUCAUGAUUGGGUAUAAAAGCAGCUUCCAUGAAACGCACAGUCAUUCACAAACAAGGAUAGGGCGAGGGUCCCCAUUUUGUGAACAAAUGCGUAGGAAAAUUGUCGAACGGUUUAAGAACUACAUUUCUCAACGAGCUAUCUCAAGGAAUGUCAGAGGAGGUUCAGAGAAUCUGGAGAAAUCAUUACACAUAAGCGGCAAGGCCGAAAACUAACAUCUAAUGCCCGUGACCUUCGAUCCCUCAGGCGUUACUGCAUCAAAAAGCGACAUCAGUGUGUAAAGGAUAUCCCCACUUGGGCUCAUGAACACUUCAGAAAACCACUGUCAGUAACUACAGUUUGUCGCUACAUCUGUAAGUGCAAGUUAAAACUCUACUAUGCAAAGCGAAAGCCAUUUAUCAACAACACCCAGAAACGCCACCGGCUUCACUGGGCCCGAGCUCAUCUAAGAUGGACUGAUGCAAAGUGGAAAAGUGUUCUGUGGACGUCGUCUUCUCCGGACCAAAGAGGAAAAGAACCAUCUGUAUUGUUAUAGGUGCAAAGUUCAAAAGCCAGCAUCUAGGAUGGUAUGAUGGUAUGGGGGUGUAUUAGUAUGAUGGUAUGGGGGUGUAUUAGUGCUCAAUGCAUGGGUAAAUUACGCAUCUGUGAAGGCACCAUUAAUACAGAAAGGUACAUACAGGUUUUAAAGCAGCAUAUGUUGCUAUCCAAGCAACGUCUUUUUCAUGGACGCCCCUGCUUAUUUCAGCAAGACAAUGCCAAGCCACAUUCUGCACGUGUUACAACAGCGUGGCUUUGUAGAGUGUGAGUACUAGACUGGCCUGCCUGUAGUCCAGACCUGUCUCCCAUUGCAAAUGUGUGGCGCAAUAUAAAGCGUAAAAUACGACAUUGGAGACCCCACACUGUUGAACAACUUAAGCUGUACAUCAAGCAAGAAUGGGAAAUAAUGAUAUCUGAAAAGCUUCAAAAAUUGGUCUCCUCAGUUCCCAAACGUUUACUGAGUGUUGUUUAGAGGAAAGGCCAUGUAACACAGUGGUGAACAUGCCCCUGUGCCAACUUUUUUGCAAUGUGUUUCUGCCAGUAAAUUCUAAGUUAACGAUUAUUUGCAAAAAAAAAAUUAGUUUCUCAGUUUGAACAUUAAAUAUCUUGUCUUUGCAGUCUAUUCAAUUGAAUAUAAGUUGGAAAGGAUUUGCAAAUCAUUGUAUUCUGUUUUUAUUUACAAUUUACACAACGUGCCAACUUCCCUGGUUUUGGGUUUUGUAGAAUAAAAACCAUAAUAUAACCCCUUUAAGACUCAAUACAGCUGCCUUUGUGCUAGGUACUUUUUCUUUAGCCACAAUUUACUGAGCAACCAAGACCACUUUCGUCACGUCAUCAAAACACAACACACACUUUUUGAGUUGGAUCCUUUAUCUGCUUACCGUGCUGAAGUGUCACAGAAAUGUGCUGAUAAAUGUUUUUGUUUGUUCUUGUAUUGUUCUACGAAUGAGCUUUGAGACUUUGGAAUGUUUGGCUUUUGAGGUUCCACUGCUGUGAAUUAUAUUUCAGAGGAGUCAAAGCACUACUCAUUCAUCACGUUAUCUCAGAACAAGCAUGUUUUUUCAUAGUUGCAAUCGUGCUGGCUUGUUUGAUCUGUUUCUGCUAUUUGCCUUUGCCACCGUUAUAUCCGCCAUCCUAUGCAAGUUAAACACAGGUGCUUUUUAUGUCAUGAUAUUGCACGUUGUUUUGCCACUAUCAAGCGCAGCUCCCUCCUGUAUCGUACACUGUUUCGCAGCACUGUAAGUGUCAGUGUUCAUGUAUGUCCCCCCCUGGUGGAACUCAUAGGAAUUGAGGAAACGCUGAAGCGACACGGAUGCAAUGUACUCGCAACACUAGCUAUCGCUGCUUCCUCUUUCCUCCUUUACCGUGUGACGACAGAAUUAUGAACAAUCGAUCCAACGUUAAUGAAAAAUCUAGAUGUAAGAAUAAUAUAUUGGUUAUUAAGUCAUCACAGAUAAUAUUAGUACUAUGCCCCCUAGGGGUAUUAGCAGAAUUUGACAAGACACAGCGCGAUCACAUCAUUGCGUUUUUUUGUCUAUGCAAUUUUUGUGACACUUACGUAAUUAAAAUGUUAGCAUUCAAAAUACAGCAGUUAAUUUAGUUACAUAAUAUUAGUGUGUGAUUGGUGGUGUUUAUCUUGCCACACUUCAAAAUCUCACCUGUCCACUUUGCAUGUUAUCAUUAAAUGCAUCAUAAAAUAGCUGGUUUCAGGCUCCUAGUGCAAAUUUAAGCCACUUUUUCCUCCAGCUUGUCUAUGUGGACGCACACACAACGUGUACAAAUGUCUCAAUUCAAUUACACACACAGAUACUCUCACAAUAACCCAGACUUACUGGUAAAUAGUUCUCAUGGCAACCCUCUCGCUACACAUCUGUGCGUCUUGGAGAGGCCGCUAAAGAGCGUGUACAGUGUACAUCUGUGUGUAUGUGCGUCUGUCCGGGGUCCGCUUAGUAUCAUAAACGAUUUUCCAUUAGUAUCACUGCUACUGCCAGAUUCUGUCACAUCCUCCCCCCCCCAAAAAAAGGUGAUGGAGAGAGAGGAAAGUGAGCAUUUGAAAGAAGUGACUAUGAGCAUAUUUUUUUGGAAGACCAUCUCUUUUGUUCCCUGCCGAAGCAAGAACUUUACAUCCUUAUCUGUAAUCAUAUUAUACAGUAGGAAGGGGAUUCAUUUAGCCCUAUUCGUCGCGGUUUACCUGACACAUGAAACGUGACAAAUUCCCUACUGUAGCACAAGUUGUAUUUAACCUGUGUAGGAGGUGUCUGCUUGGAUUGAAUGGCCAUACAGAACACCUGUGACCUGAUUGGUAGUAUUUUUCUAAUAAAUGCUGAUUUUAUCUA